GGAUGGAGAUAAUAAGGAAUAUAUCUGUGACAAUUUGCUGUUUUUAAGCAUUUCAUAUUUUACUCAUUGGCACAGUUAUAAUGCCAAAAUACUACUGUGAUUAUUGUGAUACAUAUCUGACCCAUGACUCACCUUCAGUAAGAAAAACACAUUGCAAUGGAAGAAAACACAAAGAAAAUGUGAGGUUAUUCUACCAGAAGUGGUUAGAGGAGCAGGUACAAAAGCUGGUGGACGAUACAACUGCUGCGUUCAAAGCUGGUAAGAUAGCGUCCAACCCAUUCCAGUCGGGAGGGGGAGGUGCAGGAGGAGCCAUGGCCCCACCCCCAUCUGGUAACAAAACAUCCAAACCACAGAAUGCUCCAGCUGCUGCUGGACCCCCAAUGGCAAGCCCUAUGGGAGGCCCCAUGGGUGGUCCAGUUCCCCUUAUGGGGCCCCCUCACGGAGGUCCUAUGCCUCCUAUGAUGCCAGGUAUGCGACCACCCAUGGGACCAAUGAUGGGACCUCCAAUGCAUCCUAUGGGCAUGGCCAUCCGACCGGGACCCUUAAUUCAGGGGCCGCCACGAAAAUAAACAUCCACUUUAUCAAACUCAUUUGGGAGAAAGAACUUACAGGAAUGAUCAUUCAUGAAGAAGUAGAGAAUUGUCUUUGUUUCUAGAGUUUCAAGACAUUUUUGAUGAUGGUGGUUUGCCAUGACUUACAGCUUGAAGUUACAGCAGAAAUUUGUAAUAUCAUAAAUUACUGCUUAUUUCAAUGAUCUGGCAUAAGUGGUCUUUUUAUCAUUGGAGUUUAGAAACUAGUGUCAAAGUUGGUCUGUAUUUCUGCAAAAUGAUUGUGUCUGUUUGUGGUUAGAAUGCCAGAGUGAGAGAACGUGUGAAAAAGAGCUUGGUUGAUGAAUGUAUUGUAAGAAAGAUUUCAUGAA